GAAAGUCAUGGAAACGACGUUAGCGUCCUCAAGCCUAUAAAUGACGCUGACCUUCUGAGUUCUUUCCCCUUUGCGACGGGACUUUUGAGAGAGACGCCUGAAGGAGCCUUUACAGCCUCGGAAGGUUUGAGCUUGUUGAAAAGUCUGCUGUGCAAAACUUGCUAAAGAAGCACUUGCUGAAAUACGCACUUGCUGAAGAAACCCGUGGAUAACAAACCUGCGACAGACGGUUCCUGACCAGAAGAAGAAGAAGAAGGAGGAGGAGGACCAACAGGGUGACCAGCUGGAAGCCCAUACCAUGGCGCUUCCAGCAGAUGGAUCCCCAAUGUUGGAGGGACAUCCAGAUAAUGGUAAGGAUCACGGUAAGGUGUGGUCAAAUGAAGCCGAGGAAGACGAGGUAGGUAAUGCCGGUACUGCCGGCUCCAGUUGUAGCUCUUCUGCUAGCUCUAGUGGUAACUCUACUACCAGCUCAAGUGACGACGAGGCUGAUAAUGAAGACCAGGAUGACUUUAAAUCCCGACUUUGUUUUGUCAAGGUCCUUGUAGGAAAGCUUCAUCUGUCAUUGAAACAUCACAAUUCGACGGUUGAUCAGCGGGGCGCCGCUAAGAGUAGUACAACAGUGGACCUUGCAGGUGCUGCGUCACAGCUGCUUGAGAUUCUUCCCCAAAAUUUCAAAUACAAACAAGACAUUGGGGUAGCUCAGAAGCCUCAAGAAGACAAGGCUCCCUGUACUUCACUUGAAUUCGCAUCUGGACUUGACAAACAGGAAGAGCCCAUUUUGCGUCCAGAGAACCCCAGACCUAUCGGUACCUCGCAACAUCAUCAGGUAGGUUUGGAAGAGGGCAGGGCUUCUUUGACUUCCGGCCGCACCAGGAGCACUACACAGAAGGUGGAUGAUGUGAAGGAGGAUGACCCACCAUCAAAGCCUAGUUUUGGUACAGCGCUUCCUUCCAGCUUUGAAGUCACCUCUGAACUUGACAAACCAGAAGAGCCCAUUUUGCGUCCAGAGGACUCCAUUUCUAUCAGUGCCUCGCCACAACCGCUGGCAGGUUGGAGAAAUUUAGUGGCUUCUUGUACUUCCGGCCGCGCCAGGAGAACUACAAAGAAGGUGGAUGAUGUGAAGGAGGAUGACCCACCAUCAAAGCCUAGUGAUCAGGUAGGUUUGAAAGAGGACGUGGCUCAUGCGACAUCUGUGACUGGCAUAAACGGAAAGAGGACAAAGGACAGUGAUGCUGAAGAGCAGCCCCCAGCCAAGAGGAGUAAGGACACUCUUGCUGAAAAGGAGCUCACUGCCAAGAAGACCAGGAACAGUGUUGCUGAAGUGAAACUCCCAGCCAAGAGGACCAGGAAUAGUGACGAUGCUGAACAGGAGCCCUCUGCCAAGAGGAUCAGGGAGAAUCAAACUGAAGAUGUGCUCCCCUCCAAGAAGACCAGGGACAGUGUUGCUGAAGAGAAGCCUCCAGCCAAGAGGACCAGAGACACUGUUGCUGAAGAGGAGCUCCCAGCCAACACAACCAAGUAUAGUGAUGAUCCCGAAUGGGACGAGAUCGUUCAAAGAAUCGGCAGAAGGAUGGCAUGGAGAUAUGGUAAAGAAUGGGAGAACCAGCCCAUUCCGUCAACCCCUCUGUUCAUUCCCUACCGAAAGACAGACCAUGAAGAUCCCGUUCUGUGAUCCCCUGUCCUCAGUCCCUCACCAAGGACGUCGUGUGAGGAUCCUGGUCUGUCAUCCCCUGUCCUCAGUCCCUCGUAUAGAAUGGCAUGUAAACUUCCUGUUUUGUUAUCCCCUGUCCUCAGUCCCUCACCAAGGACAUCGUGUGAGGAUACUAGUCUGUCAUCUCCCGUCCUCAGUCCCUCUUGUAAAAUGCCGCAUAAAUGUCCUGUUUCGUCGUCCCCUGUCCUCAGUCCCUUACGAGGGACGAUGCAUGAGGAUCCUUUUCUCUCAUCCCCUGACGUUAGUUCCUCACCAUUGACGCACUGUGAAGAUCACGUUUUGUCACCCCGUGUUUUCAGUCUUUCACCAUCAACACACCGUGAAAAUCCAACUAUGUCAUCCCCUGACUUCCGUUUCUGGAUUGAGACUGAAAAGGACAUAGAAGAGGAACCAACACCUUCAACAUCUGGUGGAACGACAGCAAGAGUUCCAGACACAUGUGGUUUAGACCUCGCCACGUUUUAAGUGACUCUGAUUAGAUUGGGAUCCGUAAAAACUGAAGACCUAUUUGGGAAAUCACAUUAGGACAUCAUCAUUUCUCUGUUUUUUUGUUUUUUUUAAAUCAAAGCCAAUGGGUUUCUAGCAAGCCUGUGGAAGCAAUAGGCAGCGCCUUGCACCGGGGCUGUUCUUUAUCCCGCUGCUAGAUGUAGCAUUUUAGAUGGUGAGGAUCCUGGCAGGUCUGAGGAAGCCUUAGGUAGCGCCUUGCACCGGAGUUUUCUUCAUCUUUGCGAUUUCUUCUCAACUCCCCCAUGUUUCAGGGUGAAAUAGCGGUUCUUCCUCACGCUGUGCUCUCCGAUAUAGUAAAUUGUUCUAUCCUGUUCCUCCACUAAUCCAGUCUCCAAGUUUUUAAUCUUUCAGGUUUUAGCUGCUCAUCGCUGGAUCCUUUCGUCGUCGUCCAUGUGGUUCCUGUCCUUCUGGACCCCUUGUUUUUCACGCUGCUCGUUGGAUCUCCUCCGCCUGUAAUCCUCCACCUUCAGCACCACCAGUCAGGGGAAGGAAGAUAAGAGAACCCAGUUGACAAAAAAAGUAAGAAACUUAUUUUCAUUUUAAAUAUGGAAGAAAUUGAGGUCAAAUUUCAAAAUUGUUCUUCCUUCUGUCCACAUAUAUUCUAUUUGUUAACCCUGUUGUCUUUUCUCUGGAUUUCAUUUCUACAUCAACUCAUGUCACAUGACAUGAGUUGACCAACAAUUAAAGCAGAAGACCAGCUCCGCCUGUAAUCCUCCUUCAACACCACCAGUCAGGUGGAGGAAGAUAAGAGAACCCAGUUGACUAAAAAAAGUAAGAACAUUUAUAUCUACACAACAUGAUUAAUCAUUUCAAAUAUAGCUGCGGAGAGCUGAACUGAAAGUUAGAAACUGUCUGCUGUCCAUGCAUAUUUUCCUCCUUCACUUUAUCUUCUCUCUUUAUUUCAUUUCUCUGUGAACUCAUGUGAUGACUGGAGUUGACCAACAAUUAAAGCAGAAGACCUGCUCCACCUGCUGAUCUACUGGUUGUAACAGCUUGUGGGAAAGCAUCACUGGACCAAUCAGGCGAGAGAAGACAGAGAGGACUGAGGACUGAAACGAAAAUACUCUGCCUGCCAAAAAAGGUAGACGAUCCAGUGGCCCCAGGUUUACACACCAUCUGUUGGUUUGAGGCAGACCAACCGCUGGGGAGAUGGACCUCACCUGGCACCAUUACUCUGGAUGUAACAGCUCAACUCUGCUGUCAAAACAUCAAUGACUCGAGAAGCGGACAGCGAGAUUUCUGGUGCCUGGCUGGAGACGAGAUUCUGAUUAUUCAAGAGCCAAAACAAAAUGUCAGAAUAAAUAGUUAGAAGGCAGAUUUGUUUUCUGUUUGUUAUUGUUUUCAUUAUUAAUGCUCCAUAACACAAAAUUCAUCACUGCUGUAACUCUUGAGUUGAAUAAAAUGUUCUUCUUUCAA